GAAGCUAAUCGUGGCUCCAUGUACAUGAGCCAGUUCUGUACAUGCUGUUUCUCACCUUGUGGUUUCCUGUCAGCAUCAGUCACACAUCCUGAAGAGAGAUCUGUCUCUCAACAGGAAAUGUUCACAUCCGCAUUGUAUGGACUUGGUAGUUAAUGCCUUCAGAACAUCACUUCAAUACAGAGCACCCAGAGAUCCUCAAGACUGAAUCAGAUAUGAUUAAAGUCAAAUAAGGAAAUGUUCACAUCUGCAUUGUAUGGACUUGGUAGUUAAUGCCUUCAGAACAUCACUUCAAUACAGAGCACCCAGAGAUCCUCAAGACUGAAUCAGAUAUGAUUAAAGUCAAAUAAGGGUCUGUAAGCGUCACAAAAGUUAUCCACUGUCUGUGCGCAAUGGCUCAAUAUUCACCAAGUCUCACACCCCUUUGGCGAAAUGGCUUGAGUUCAUGCUCAGGUUUGCACAAGGUUUGCAGUUGAAGCAGCUUGACAUGAUCUCUGAGGGGAUAGCAGCAAGCUCCAAGACACUGACAAGAAUGACUAAAGUACUCAGAAAGGUGUGUGUUGCUGCCCUCAAGCGAAUGAAAAAGAGAGGAAUGAGAAUUGGUGGUCGUCAUCGAUUUGUUGUCAUCGACGAGAGCAAAUUUGCCCACAAACGAAAGUACCAUCGUGGCCGAUGUGGCAACACUUGGCGCCGUGAACGCCAGUGGGUCUUCGGGAUGCUGGAGGUUGAUGGUCCUUCCAGAAGACCCAUUCUGAGACUCGUCAGGGACCGCUCAAGGCAAACCCUUACAGGCCACAUCCGACGACACAUCAGGCCCAGAACACCCAUCCUCACAGAUGAAUGGCAUGCCUAUAAGGGGCAGCUUUCCCAGUACGGAUUUAGCCAAUAUUCUGUCUGCCAUAAAAGGAACUUUGUUGACCCUGACACAGGUGCUCACACUCAGCAUAUUGAGCGUGCGUGGCAGAAAUACAAACUGGAAAUAUGGCGUCAUAGAGGUAAUCGCACUCCGGAGUCACUGAAGAUUCACCUUAAAAUGAUAGAGUGGCACCACUGGUUAGGGACACACCAUCAUAAUGGUGUCUUGGGCAGACUUUUCCAUGACGUGAAAAAACAAGUCGGGUAAGCGUAGGCCUAGAGGUUCUGUUUGAGUUGUUGGGUUUGGUUUUAGUUUGCUUAAAUUUGGUAAUUAUGUUUGCCAGCCAUUCUGGCAUGGCCCACAUUCUAUUAUUUUUUUAUCGGUAAUGUAGCUUCAGCAUACCUGAAGCCAGCAUGUAUGUUUAAAUGUAUAUUGAUUUCUGGACAUCUUUGAGACCCUGCUCGCUGGAGACAAAAAAAGUGAGAAGAUCUCUGCGUUUGCAGAGCGCUGCAGGAGGGCUGUAACAAGAGAUGGCUGAAAUGAUCACAACAAAAAAGAAAAGUGGAAAACUGCUUCCAAUAAUGUACAAGUACACUUAAAAACCUUUGAUAGAACAUGGUCCUCCUGUUUUUGUGUGCUUUUUUGUUGUUAGGGUUAAUGAAUACAUGUAAAAGUGUCUGCUAAAUGAUAAGUGUUGUUAAAAAAUAUUACGUACAAAAAGUAAGUUAGGACAAUAUUGGAACCCUGUUUGAGGAAAGCAGGUUAGUUUGCUUAAAUUUGUUACCGGUACAAUCUAUUUGUUCUGGUCCUUUUAUAUUGUGCAAAAAGUUUAUUGCAUUAAAGGAAAUCUCUUGUAUUU